AUGGCAGCAGCCACAACAACAACUCGCUAUAUAUCAGUUCCCGCGUCAACGAUAAAAGUUGAUCAAGUUUUACAAUUGAAUUCGAAUGCGACUUCUCUUCAGACAAAUAUCAAUAAAGAUUUAAUGAAUACCCUCAGUCCGGGCGUGCCUGUUAAGUUUGCCGAUCAAUUUUUCAGUAUUCUUAUCAAAGAUCAAAUUAGUCGAUUACUAAAUAUUCCGCAAAUAAAACAACUGAAAUACUCGGAAGAAAAUGCUGCACGUACGCUUACAUUCGAAAUCACCGAAAUUGUCAAACGAAUCGUUGCUAAUCAUAUAAAAGAUAAUUACAAAGUGGUUAUACAAGUGUUAACCUAUCCGAAACAGAAUGAAGACAAUAUUCUAAUCAUGAGUCGAUGUUUAUGGAAUUAUCGAACUGAUGAUGUUCUUUCCGUUGAAAUCGAAACCGAUGCAUUCAAGUUUUUGAUUGUUAUUCAUGGUGUUUUAGCAUAG